AAUAGUCUGAAAAAGAAAUAACAUUUUAGGCAAGACAUUGAUUUUCACCACUGAGAUUCUUCCCAUUAAAGACAAAUUCAUAUUAGACCAUCUUUGUAAAUCAGUUUUCACUGUAUUCCAUAUUUUAAUAUAAUUAUUUGAGAACAACAAAGAAUUAUUUGUUAGCCAAACCCCCAGAUAUUUAAUUUUCUUCUCCACUUUCAACUAAUUUAUUUCAAAGAAUCUAUCCUUAGAUUUCUGAUCCAUAUUUUUAGUCAAGACCUUCGUUUUAGUCUUAUUUAUAUAAAACCCAGCCAAUUGGCCAAAUUGUUGUAUUUUUUCCAAGAGUCUUCCAAUCUUGUCUAACGGAUUUGUGGGUUUUUUUGCAGAUACAGUUCUGGUCACCAUACCUCAAAAAGAACAUUAUAGAACUAGAGAAGGUGCAGAAGAUGGCAACCAAGAUAUUCAGGGGCCUAGAACACCUUCCAUACAAGAAAAGGCUACAACAUCAGGGGCUUUUUAUUUUAGAAAAAAGGUGACUGAAGAGUGACAUGAUAGAGGUCUAUAAAAUUACGCAUGGAGUGGAGAGAGAGAAAUUUGUCUCCCUCUCACAGAACACUAGAACCAGGGGUCGUCCCAUGAAACUGAUUGCCAAGAAAUUUCAGACCGACAAAAGGAAGUGCUUUUUCACCCAACACAUAAUUGACCUAUGGAAUUCCCUGCCACAAGAUGGGGUGGCAGCCGGGGGGGGGGGCUUUAAGAAGUUACCAAAUUACUUUUGAAAAGUGACUGGCUGAACGGGAAUGAGAACUAGAGGGUUUUUUUUAAAAAGGCUUACGAACCCAGAUGUUUAAAUUGUCCGACUCCCUAAUUAUGGAGCGGGUGGAAAUUUCAGUCCAGAGCUGUGUGCAGCGGAGCAGAAGCCGAGCAGAGCUGGGUGCCUGUUUCAGGGUUCCGCUGCAACACUCACCUCCGGGACUGUGCUCUCUUCACUUCCUGUGGCUUCGGAGGAUGGAAGAAAAGUGGAGGCGGCUUCCUCCCCCCCACCCACACUUGCAGAAGGGGCCAUGAGCUGCUCAAAGCACCCAAAAAGGUCACAAGGCGGAAAUCAAGAGGGGAGGUGACACCCCUGAGACCUCCAAAGAGAAACUGACUGGACGGCAGAACACUGGAACCAAAGACCACAUCGGAAGCUGUGCUUGCUGCGACGCCUCUCCUGUUCACCUGCCCACGCCGACCGAAGCCCCCUGAAUUUUGUGUCGGACAAAAUCCGAGUCCGACACGGCGAGAUGCCAAGGUGUCGGAUUUGACCUCGACGUGCCUUGCCGCCGAUUGGGGGGGGAAUGAGAUGCUGACGGACCUCGGCUCUUGAGAAAUGGAGAACGGGACUCUCGCCAGCGGGGCCUGCGUCCUUCAAGCGGGCUUCCAGUACACCCUCUUCACCGCCAUCUACAGCGCCGUCUUUGUCCUGGGCUCCCUCGAGAACGGCGCGGCCUUGUACCUCCUGACCUGCCGCGCGGCGGACCCCCCGCGGUCCUACGUCUACCUGGUCAACCUGGCGGUGGUGGACACCCUCUUCGUCGGCGUCCUGCCCUUCAAGAUCCACUACCACCUCCAUCACAACGACUGGGUCUUCGGGGACCUGGCCUGCCGCCUGACCGGCAGCAUGUUCUUCCUCAACAUCUACCUCAGCAUCGCCUUCUUCACCUGCAUCUGCGUCGACCGCUACGUGGCCGUCCUGCACCCGUUUGCGUACGUCCGGGUCAAGGGCAGGCACUACGGCCUGGUCGCCGCGGCCCUCUGGGCGGCGGCGGCGGGAAUCACCCUGCCGCUGGUGCUGGGGGGGCCCCUCGAUGCCAGGGUCCGCAACGCGACAGCCUGCUUUGAGAGUUUCGCCGCCGCCGCCUGGACGGGCCGCCUGAUGCCUUUCAACGUCUGCGCCCUGGUUUUCGGCUUCGCCGUCCCCUUCGCCGUCAUCCUGGUCAGCUACCCGCUGAUCGCCCGCCGGAUCCGGCGUAUCCCCCGCAGCGCCCGCAGGAGGAAGGCGCUGGGGACCAUCGGCCUCAUCCUGCUGAUCUGCGUAACCUGCUUCCUGCCUUUCCACCUCACCCACCUCCUCCACUUCUUGAUGCGGGUGGGCCUCAUCCGGAACUGCCGCUUCGCCGCUUCCAUCUACAGGAUGCGCCGGGUCACCAUGGCGCUGGUGAGCCUCAACUGCUGCCUGAACCCUGUCCUGUACUAUUUCACCGCGACCAGCAAGCGGUGGCGCUGGCCGUUCCGUUUCCGAACCAAGACGGUCGAGGUCUACGCCAUCCGCGGCGAGCAGGAUCGCCAGCGCCCGGCUGCCGGUACGAGCCGAUCCGGACAGAGGUCGGCCCAAAGGACCGGGCAGGCGGGAGCCGGGGUGGAACUGCUGAAGAUGCCCAAGGCGUUUGGGGCGCUUUGACUGGAACUGGGCAGAGAGUGGGGUGUGUGUUUAAGUUUGCUCUGUUGAGCAGCCGACGCAUCUUGAGUGGGAGGGGAGGAGAGCUCUUGCUUUUCAUGCAGAAGGUCCCAACUUCAAACCCCAGCACCUCCCAGUAGGGACGGGGGGAAACCUGUCUCUGAAACUUUGGAAAGCUGCUGCCAGUCAGUGUUGACAAUACUGAGCUCGAGAGGCCAAGGGCCUGACUCAGGAGGCAGCUUCUUAACUUGUACCUGCAUAAGCCAGCUGUGACAAUAAAGGCCAGGAAUACUGAAACGACACG